UUUUUUACACUGGGAAAGCAAAUGAAGAAUUAAUUUUGAACUGAACCUUUAAAACAAGGAAUUUAAAUUAUACAAGCGGCGCUCACAAAUCUCAGAAAACAAAAUUUAUCGCUGCCUAUAUCUUGGUUUAUUUAUAAGAAAGCAAGCCCGGGAGAUGAAAUUACGUGAUACCAUUUGGAAUCUGAGUGAAAUACGCGAGAGUUUCCACCUACGUAGGUUUUGCAUUUGUCUAACUUUAAUUGUGUAAAUGGAAUGCAAUUGAGCGCGAUUCUACUAAAUGUCAAAAUAUUAAAUGUCAAACCGGCAGUUAAAAACAUCAAAACAAAUCCAAAAUAUUUGAAUUUAAAAUGGAUUGUCGAUUUUACGAUACGAAAUUAGCAAAUCAUCAAUUAUUUAAAGACCUCAAAGAAAGUUUGAAAGAAGAUAGUGGUGAAAAAUUGCGCAAUUUGUUUGCUCUUAAGGACGAUGUUCUGUACGCUUGGAAUUCUAUAGAAAACUGUUUAUUUUGUGUUAACCUAAAACGUCUGGAGGAUCACGAUGAAGAAAUCACAUAUCAGAAACUUCAUCUACUUUCGCCACCAGCGUUCACUGUCGAGCAUAUUAUAAGCAGCGAGUGUGGAAGUCGGCUCUGCGUCUGGGGAUCGAGAGGAGUUACCAUCGCAGAGCUACCGUCAAGAUGGGGCCGUGACGGUUUGUUCGAAUCCGGCAGUCAAACUAUUUUAUGCAAGAGCUAUUCACUGGAUGAGCGGUUCCUGUACUCGCAGGGGGAGAUACAUAGAGUGCAUUGGCACCCGAAGUCAUUGUCGCAUGUCCUUGUUCUGGUGUCUGAUAACACGAUGAGACUCUACAAUAUAGCGCUAAAAAGUGGUCCGAAAUUGGUGAAAAUCUUUACAAUCGGACCGAAGCCGUCCGGAUCGCUGGGUCAGACGGUCCUCGACAGUUUAGGAGAUACGGCUAUCGACUUCACACCGACACCGGACGCGGACCACUUGCUCAUACUCAGUGGCAACGGUGACGUUUAUAUGUUACAAUGUAACUUAGAUAAUAAUGGACUACAAGCGAAGUUGAAAGGUCCCUUGCCAAUGUACCCUCCAGCGGAUGACAACUACGGCUCGGAGUCCUGUGCGAUCGCAGUCCUCGGUGGAAUCGACACCCCCACCCUCGUGGUGAUAGCCAGCGCGUCCGCAGCACUGUACCAUUGCUUACUACUACCUAAUAUGUCAGAUGACCAAGAGGAUAGUCACGCCCUCUACGUAGUGGAGUCCGUGGAGCUGAAUGUGACGCUGGGUGACGAUACCAGCAUACAGUACAUGUGUCCUAUGCAUUUAUAUCCGGUAGGUCGGAGUACGUACGCGUGCGUGCACGCGAGCGGACUCCACUGCGUCACCUUGCCCGUGUUGGACAGGCUGGCUGACUACGCGUUGGCUGACGAAGGCGAGUUCGAGUGCCAGGUGCAGUCGCUGUGUGGGCGCGCCAGCGUCGCGCGACACGUGCUGUGCUCCCGCGCGCCGCUAGCGCUCGCACUGCGCCGCGCCGCGCCGCCCACACUGCUGCUGCUCACGCACGGCGCGGAGCUGCUCGCCAGGACUAUUGAGCCAUAUAAUCUAGAAGAGCAACUAUUGAAGGCGGUGCAGUUUAGAAAUCCAGAUUUGGAACAAGAUGAAAUUAAUAGCUUGCUUAAAGAGAGGCAAAAGUUAUCAUUUAUGACGAUAAUACAAGAGGUUUUGGAGAGGAAAGUCUCGCAGCCGAUACUCAAGCUGGACAAGAAGGAGGAGCCCAGCCUUAAGGAAUGCUUAGAGCUGCUGACGCAGUCGACGGUGCGGCUCCACGGCGAGUACAUGUCGCGCCAGCAGCGCGCCGGUGACGUCAUCGCCCGCAAGCUGUCGGCGCUGCAAGCGCUGCAGCGACAGCAGCUGCUCUGGCGCCGCGACCUGCUGGACGAGGUCGAAAACCUGAAGCUUAAGUCGGCGAUAUUGAAAGAGAAACGAGAUCUCGCCGAGAAACAUCAGGAGGAUUUGAAGUAUAGGUGCUCGUCGGUGGUCCGCUCGCUGCGCGCGGGCGGCUGCUCGGAGGAGGAGCGGCGCGCGCUGUCGGAGCUGCUGCAGCUGCAGCGGGCGGCGGGCGCGCUGGGCGAGCGGCUGCGGGCGCUGCGGGACGGCGCCCGGCGGCGGGAGCGGCAGCUGAAGAAAUGUCAAGAGGAAUACAGGAAGAAGGACUCGGUCUUGGGGAAGUCCCACAGCGACACCAUAUCAUCGAUACUCCAACAACAAACCACUCAGAUAUCAAAAAUUAUCGAAGAAACAAAGCUAUUGAAGGAUCAACUCGGGGUCGUCUAACUCGUCAGCAACAUACUUAAUUACUUUUAUUGCAAUUAAAAAAACUAAUAAUAUAAUUUGUCUUUGUUUUAAUUAGUUGUGAUUAUGAAAAUAGAAUCAGUUUUUUUUUUUUUAGUUUUCAUUUCAUGUACUGAUUUUGAUGAUGUUUUUAU